AUGGAAAAAGGGAUUGUACUAUUGCAGUGGUGGCAGGAGCUAACACGACUACUGGUUCCCAGAAAUGGGGCUGUCUCGACCCUUCUUGAAAUCAUCCCAACCUCUGACCCACGACUGCCCACGAGUGGCUCGAGUCUCGGCUGCUGCAUAAUUGUCGAGAUUGUUAGCCACCUUCUCGCGCACGGCCAAGAAGACCUGACAAAGAUUUUUUAUGGAGUUAGAAAUCAAAAACAGAAUAGCAGCAGAUUUCGAACAAUAACAAACGAUAAUGGAAAUUAUAGCCUAAUUUUCUAUUUUCUGGACUUACAGGAUUCAUGCUCACUGGCUCAGGGGGUUGCUCUUGACCGGUCAGCCAUUUCCAUAGAUCUGGAUUUUCCUGUUCUCAGUAGGAAUGGAAUAUUUUCUAUAAACAUGAAAAUGGAAAUCCGGAAAUAG